AUGAGAUUUCUUAUCCAUUUUCUAAUAGCUGUCUCUUUGCCAUCCAUCACUUAUGGAUAUAUGGGAGCAGUUAUGGGAAAGCUGACGACUUGUGACGAUGCGAAAACGAAUUUGAACAAGGAUUGGGAUGCGAAGGAUUUCAGUGCAUUCACAUGUUCUUCUUCUAUUCAUUACGCUGUUCAGAAGGACAUUGACCCAGUUUUCUUCGAUAUGGUUCAACAGAACAGCUCGUAUGAUCCAAGAAAAGACCAAGUGAUGCACAAAUGUAUGGAUGAAAGUAUCGAAUAUGAAGAUCGCAUUCCUGUCAGAGGAGAUCAUCGUCCAAAUUGGGCUCGUUUCGGAGAGUAUUUGUAUGUGCCAGUUCAAAGAUGGCUUCAUAAUUUAGAACAUGGAUCAAUUGUUCUUUUGUAUCAUCCAUGUGUCGAUCUGGAUGAGCUCAACAAAUUGAGACAAUUAGUGACGUCUUGCAUCUAUCGUCACGUCAUCACACCGUAUAUCAAGUUGACAGCUGAAAGACCAUUGGCUUUGGUUGGAUGGGGAUCUCGAUUGGAAAUGAAUUCGGUGGAUGAGAAAAAAGUGGUUGAUUAUAUGAAGAAGUAUGGAAAUCGAGCACCGGAAGAGAUUACUCGUGAUGGAAAAUAUGAUGAAUAUUUGAUUCAAGAAGCCAAAUUUGUCAGUGGAGAAGAGGAUUCGAAGAUUUGUCCAAAUCAUUGA